ACGGGAUAUGACAACUAUGUCCUUGUAGCCAGUCUGGAUAAUGUCAGGAAUUUGUCCAACAUCUUGAAAGCCAUCACCUUCAAAGAUCAUGCCAUCUUCAAUGCCACACCAAGUGGCUUGAAAGUAACAGUGGAGGACUCCAAAUGUCUGCAAGCCAAUGCAUUCAUUCAGGUUAGUGCAGGGAUAUCAACACACACACACACACACACACCACACAAACACAGGCAGAGAACCAGUCAUAAACUUUUGGAUGACGUGUGUUAUCAUGUCUGAUUUAUGUUGAAUUCUUUUCCAGGAUGAGAUCUUCCAGGAUUUUACUAUGAGAGAGGACCAGUGCUUAAUUUGUAAAUCAGGAGUUACUAGAACAAAAAGUGAGCAUGUGAGGGGGUGGGGGAGUUCUGAGGUACCGGAACGCAUGAGAAAAUAAAUCACCUUGAUAAUAAAGCAUUGACUGCAUUCAUAUCACUGCAUUUGCAUAGUGCAUAGAGCAGUAGAGUAGAGGUACUUACAGAAGUUGCACACAUGGGGAACAUUUUUAGUAGCCUAGGGUCUGGGAAAAAUGUGUCCUUUUAUAAACGCAUUUCAUGCAAUUCUAUGUCAUUUUACAUGACUGGAGACUUUGGCAGGCUACUUUGACACUGACAAACUGAAAAUCUGAGAUCAAUAAAGACGACCUCGUCUUGAAUUCAUCAACAGCCUAGGCCUAGGUGUGUGGAGACACAUAUUGUAGGCUACAAUAUGAGGAGGAAAUUAUAGUCCUAAAAAUACUUUCCAGUUUCACUGACACUCCCAAUGAUGCACAGCUCACUCACUGGUGAAAAACCUAUCUCUCUUGUUUUACUUUGUAAAACAAUAUUUGGAAGUUGAUCAAAUAUUUUGGUAGCCUACAGCAUAGUCUUCUAUUUUCAGCAGUAGCCAUUUGCUUUCCAACCUGUGUUUUCCCUAGAUUUUAUUUGAAAUAUUGCGUAUGGCCUGUUUUGUCUGCAUGCUGUUUGUUCACUGACAGAUUUGCAGCGCAUUCACAAAUGUAGGCUAUUCCUUGUUAUUGGGCUACAAUCCACAGCUAGACUAUUUAAAAAUAUAAUAAGCUAUUGAUCUUCUGUGGCUAAACUAUAGGCCUUCUCAUGGUGUAGUAGGCUGUUCUGAAUGAUUUAAUGUAUUUCUGAACAGACAGCAGUAAUUCUAUAACUUUGGCAAAUAUAUUUCAAUUGAUCAGGGGUGCUGCAGUUCCUUCAGAAUCCUUUUGUGCGGCUUUGAUUCUGUAAGGAAAUAAAUGAUGAAGUGCAACACUGGAGAGAUGAGAUUUGCAGGCUCAUGCAUAUCAGAGCAGGGAGGGAGAGAGAUCAUAUAAAGUGAAUCUCAUUCUAGUUAUGUGAGAGAUACAGGCACUCUUCUCACACAGCCACGGACACCCGUUGGUCUCACACAUACAGUAGGUUACAAUGUUGCGCAAACCAUAAACCCGGGCCGGCCCAACCCGAAUCAACUCUUAGAAUAUUAGGCCCAGGCUGAAAAUCUACUUUUUCCCAUUAUGUUUUUUUGUGGGGGCAGGAGAAUUAACAAAGAGGCAACUCAAAUGAACAUUAUUUUUCAUGCCAUGAGAGUUACCGGAUCUUGCCAAACAGGCUCCGGAACAAAACAGUCCAAAACAGAGAGGUGCUGGAUCCUGUUCCUGCAGGAUCCAGUUCAAAUUAAGCACUGGAGAGGACUCAGUGGGGUUCCAGGUCAACCUAACCUGUCUCACCAUCUUUGGGGGAAGCACGGUACCAGAUAAUGAAGAAGACUGUCUUCUUGAUAUCCUUUCAGAUUUCUACUGAGUGAUUAAAAACCAAUCGGAUGAAGACUUUGUCGACCGAAACGCCAUACUUUUAAGCUGAAGAAUAAUACAAUCAUCAGCUUUUUAUUGUAGGAGAGAGUCACAGUCACAGCUUUCUAAAAUAUCAGACAAAAAAACUAUAAAAGCUACUGGAAGUAACUAACAUGUCUAUUUUGUGUUGAAGGAGUGACCACUGCCUUACGGAUGUGCUACGAUGGCUACGGCUACCCCCGAACCUGUUUCUGGAGGAGGGUGUCAUGGUGACGGAGUGUAAGAUCAACACCCAGGAGCCAGAGGAGCCCAUCCACUUUGAGUUCUGA